ACCUUCAUUAAAAAUUAAAAUAGCUGUUCAGAAUAGUUCUUAAAUCAAAAUAUUGUAUAUUACUAAAAAGCAAAGGUUUAAUCUCCACACAUCUAAAUAGUCAAUUAGCAGUUGUAACCGCGAGAGUAGCAAAAGAACAAUAUUAAAAACAAAGGGUCACCCGGUGCUACACAAACAGACAUAGUAUAUUGUGUGAAUGAUGACAACGCAAAACAAUGGGCAUGCCAAUUGUGGCUUUGUACACGAUCAAGAGGAUGUAAAAAAUACAACGCUCAAUCCAUGCAAUCCAAACAUUGAAUCUGGUGGUGACACAAUUGCACAUGAAGAAGAACGCCCAACUUGGUCAAAUAAAACGGAAUUUUUAAUGUCAUGCAUUCAAACAAGUGUUGGAUUAGGAAAUAUUUGGCGCUUCCCGUUCACAGCUUAUGAAAAUGGGGGCGGUGCCUUUCUUAUCCCAUAUGUGAUUGUGCUGUUCAUAAUUGGCAAACCCAUGUAUUAUUUGGAGACAUUCAUUGGUCAAUUUACGAGUCAGAGUAUGCUUAAAAUUUGGGAGGUUAAUCCUGCAUUUCGAGGCGUUGCAGCCGGUCAGCUGGUUGCAUUAUUCUUCGUCAUUACAUAUUAUUCUUCGUUGAUCGCAUUGACUGUGUAUUAUUUCUUUGCCUCGUUUGCAUCAGAGCUGCCAUGGUCCGUGUGUCUUCCAGAAUGGGGCCCAUCUUGCGUCGAUUCCAUUUCGAAAAACAAUUCAAUGCUUUUUGAAAACUCAUCUUUGAAUUUCACUGAAGUAGCCAGCAGCUCGGAAUUAUAUUUUCUGAAAUCUGUUUUAAAUCAAACGCUUGAUAUUUCAAAUGGAAUCGGUUAUCCAAGUUGGCGUUUGGGAUUAUGUUUUCUAGCUGCGUGGGUUAUUGUAUUUUUAAUCCUUUCAAAAGGCAUUAAAAGCUCGGGGAAAUGUUCAUACUUUCUUGCUUUAUUCCCAUACGUUAUAAUGAUCGCAUUGUUACUUCGUGCCGUCACACUUGAAGGUUCAUCAAAAGGCAUUCUUUUCUUUUUAACACCACAAUGGCAUGAACUCGUAAAUCCCAAGAUUUGGAGUGAAGCUAUACAACAAGCUUUCUAUUCAUUAUCUGUUGGUAUGGGCCCUCUAGUUGUGAUGUCGUCGUACAAUAAAUUUAAUCAUGUUAUCUACAGAGAUGUGUUGAUUGUAACUUCUUUAGACACGUGCACAAGUCUGAUUGCUGGCAUUACAAUAUUUGGAAUUUUGGGUAAUCUAGCUCACAAUUUGCAAAUAGAUGAUAUAUCAAAAGUUGUAAAAGGCGGUACAGGGCUCGCGUUUAUCUCAUAUCCGAACGCUAUCAGUAAAUUUGAAUAUCUACCGCAGGUUUUUGCUCUGCUCUUUUUCUUUAUGUUGUUUGUUCUUGGUAUCGGAUCAGUCGUAGCACUACUUAACGUUAUUAUAACUGUAUUAUGUGAUCAAUUUUCUGGAUUAAAAUAUGGUCGUGUUGCAGCCAUAACCUCAGUUCUUGGCUUUUUAUCUGGACUAGUUUACCUUACACCGGGUGGACAAUGGAUGACCACACUAGUUGACAAUUUUGGUGGAACUUUGCCAUUUUUUCUGCUAGCCAUUAUAGAAUUAGUAGCAAUAUUCUAUUUUUAUGGCUUGGAAAAGUUUUGCAUUGACGUCGAAUUUAUGACAAAACGUCGAGUUUCGUUCUAUUGGCGGAUAUGUUGGUUUUUGCUUGCUCCAGUAAUAAUGACGAUCGUUUUUAUCUAUUCAAAUGUCACGAAAGAAUCAUUAAAGUAUGCUGGUCUUGAGUUUCCAACCAAAUAUCUCUUCAUCGGAUGGUGCAUUUUCCUUCUUGCAAUGAUUCAAAUUCCAAUCUGGAUUAUAGUACGUUUUGUAAAAAGUCCAUUGCCUGCUGCCAAGGCGUUUGUGGAAAUAUUUAAGAGCACAAGUUCAUGGGGACCACGUCAACAAAAUGAUCGAACGGAAUGGCAAAAAUUCCACGAAAAAAUGAAACAAAAGGCAAUAAAUGCUGCAAAUGCGUCAGGCCAUUCAAGAGUAAUCAGAUUGUUUAAUUUAGCAUUUGGAAGAUAUUAAUUUAAGCAAUAAAAUACGUUUCGUCUCUGAUUCAGUUUUUAUAUUA